CUUCUGUAAAAGUCCUCUCCCGCUGGGUGAUAUUAACCACUAGUUCGUGUCUAUGGAGCCAAACCAUGUCGUCUUCAGGCCAGCUCUUAUUUUGACAUCGAGACGAGACUCAUACAAUGCUUAGUCAUGGUGAGUUACAGCUUUCCACCGAUCCUGUGUGGUGUUCAGACAGCGACAGAAGAACGGACUGGAGCUUUGUACUCCGCUAAUCCUACUGCUUUCCAUGAAACGCACCAGUGCAAGCAGAUUCCAAAGCUAGGUGACUUCUAGGAAAUCCAGCACACCGACCCUGCCUCAUUCCUUCGGACCUCUUGCGACGCCUCCCUCGAAUGCGGCUUCUCUCUCUCUCGACAGAGUUUACGACCCUCUCUCCUCUCAGAUCUUGGCAAAGCCGGAGCCUAAAAGAAGUCUUAAUUAAUACUGCUAUUAAAAUGCGGUACUAAAUUUGAUUCCCCCCCACCCGCUCCUUCCAGCAGAAAAUCAAUAUGUUAUUUUAACCUGCCGUUGCAUAGUCCUGACUAGCUGAAACGUGCCCCUGUGGGACCUUAUUCCAUUGAACGACCCAGUGGUUUUUUUACACAUCCGACUGCUUCAGGUUUUUCCCCUGUUGCUAUAGUAAACACUUGUGGUCAAACAAACUAACUAUAUGACUUCCUGAGGUCCUGUCACACCUGCUCUAUUAUUCCUUCCCAGAAGACCUCUCAGUACCUUUUUGAUUUCUCUUGUUCUCCUUUGCACUGUUUUCCCAAUUUCAUAAGACGAAGGUUUCCCCUUAGACAGAGCGAAGGGGGGCACGGAAAUUCCGAAACACAAAACAAUUGAAUGAUGCAGUAAAUCCAAUUGCAGCUCUGGCCAUGUUGUAGAACACAAACAACCAUGACUGGCAGUUAACACCACAGGUUUUUUUUACUGUUGACUUUUAAACCCCAAUGUUACACCAUGGCUGGACUUGUGAGAUAAGUUGGACUCCAAACAAAAACCCUUGGACUUUCAUAGCUUUUUCAUCCCUUUUUUUUUUGGUGUGGUUAGUUUGAACCUUUUUCCCCUUACUUUUGCCCUCUGCCACCUGGCGAGCAAGGAUAUGCCUGUCAACGCGACCCGCGGUUGUUGAGGACGCGCACACCGGAGAAAGGGGGGGAUAUGACGGAGAGCAUGACCGAGUGCAAGGCGCUGGUGACGCCGUCCACGCGCAACGGCCACCGGGUCUUCAGCUACACGCUGGAAAGCCACACGGCGGCCGCCUUCGCCAUCAUGAACGAGCUGCGGACGGACGGGCAGCUGUGCGACGUGACGCUGCACGUGCGCUACAACGACCUGGACGCCGUGGACUUUGUGGCCCACAAGGUGGUGCUGGCCUCGUCCUCGCCCGUCUUCCGCGCCAUGUUCACCAACGGGCUGAAGGAGUGCGGGAUGGAGGUGGUGCCCAUCGAGGGGAUCCACCCUCGGGUGAUGGAGCGGCUGAUUGAGUUUGCCUACACCGCCAGCAUCUCCGUGGGGGAGAAGUGCGUGAUCCACGUGAUGAACGGCGCGGUCAUGUACCAGAUCGACAGCGUGGUCAAGGCCUGCUGCGACUUCCUGGUCCAGCAGCUGGACCCCAGCAACGCCAUCGGCAUCGCCAACUUUGCCGAGCAGAUCGGCUGCACCGAGCUGCACCAGAAAGCCCGCGAGUACAUCUACAUGAACUUCAGCCAGGUGGCGACGCAGGAGGAGUUCUUCAACCUGUCCCACUGCCAGCUAGUGACCCUCAUCAGCCGCGACGAGCUCAACGUCCGCUGCGAGUCCGAGGUCUUCCAGGCCUGCGUGGCGUGGGUGCGCUACGACCACGAGAACCGCAAGCCCUUCGUCCAGGCGCUGCUGCAGGCGGUCCGCUGCCACUCCCUCACCCCCCACUUCCUCCAGGCCCAGCUGCAGUCCCUCGAGUGGGACCCCCAGUGCAAGGACUACCUGGCCCAGAUCUUCCAGGACCUCACCCUCCACAAGCCCACCAAACUCAUCCCCUGCCGGACGCCCAAGGUCCCCCAGCUCAUCUACACGGCCGGGGGCUACUUCCGCCAGUCGCUCAGCUACCUGGAGGCCUACAACCCCUGCACGGGCGCCUGGCUGAGGCUGGCCGACCUCCAGGUGCCCCGGAGCGGUCUGGCCGCCUGCGUGAUCAGCGGGCUCUGCUACGCCGUGGGGGGGAGGAACAACGCCCCCGACGGGAACAUGGACUCCAACACCUUGGACUGCUACAACCCCAUGAACAACCGCUGGCUGCCGUGCGCCCCCAUGAGCGUGCCGCGCAACCGCAUCGGGGUGGGCGUGAUCGACCGGAUGAUCUACGCGGUGGGCGGGUCCCACGGGUGCUACCAUCACAACAGCGUGGAGAGAUAUGACCCCGACAGAGACCAGUGGAACCUGGUGGCCCCCAUGCUGACGCGGCGCAUCGGCGUGGGCGUGGCCGUCAUCAACCGGCUGCUGUACGCCGUCGGGGGCUUCGACGGGACCAACCGUCUCAGCUCGUCGGAAUGCUACAACCCCGAGAAGGACGAGUGGAACACCAAGGCCUCCAUGAACACCGUGCGCUCCGGAGCAGGCGUCUGCGCCCUGGGGAACCGCAUUUACGUGAUGGGCGGCUAUGACGGCACCAACCAGCUGAACACGGUGGAGCGCUACGAAGUGGAGACGGACACCUGGAGCUUCGCCGCCUCCAUGAGGCACCGCCGGAGCGCUCUGGGCGUCACCACGCUGCACGGACGCAUCUACGUCCUGGGCGGCUACGACGGGGACACCUUCCUGGACAGCGUGGAAUGCUACGAGCCCGAGACGGACACGUGGUCCGAGGUGACGCGCAUGACGUCGGGGAGGAGCGGCGUGGGCGUGGCCGUCACCAUGGAGCCCUGCCAAAAAGAGUGCCAGGUGCCCAAUAGUAACUGCGGCGCCUCGUCUUCCUACUCGUGCGGGGACUCCUCCCAUCACAUGACCAGGCACGGCGAGUCUGGAAAUCGGGGGGGAGGGGGCAACCCUUCCCCCUCCCCUAAGGCUUUCAGAAGAAAGUAACCCCUUGCAGAGAUCUCAAUAAAUGUAUGAUUUGUUUCUGAUUCGAGAGUGUUUGAUUCACUCUGCUCCGACUCGCAUGUUCAGGCGUAGAAAUAGCCAUGUUCAAUCUAUUUCUAUGCUACUCGCCUCCGACUGGAGCAACAUCCCCUUUUGGACCAAUGUCUCCCAGGUUCAAGAAAUGGGAGAGAAGGGCUGAAUAUUCAAAAGGCCAAUGAGGAAGCAUCCAGGGGUUCUUUUUUUUUAUUUCUUUUUUUCCUACUUCAAGACCAGCCUGUGCAGACCAACCAAAUCUAAGGGGGGGGGGGGGGGGGGGGGG